GCUCCAGCCGGAUAUGCGUGAGUCACGUCCUGCGGAAGUAAACAAUCCCCAGCUGACGUGGAGGUGCAGACGGACACCAACCAGCUGGACAAAGUGGAAGUAAAUCCAGUGCUUUAGAGGACCAUUUGUCGCUCCAGUUUCUGUAUUUGUUGAUUAUUUACUAAAAGGGCUCUGCGGGUGUGCUCUAAACUCCCGCGAUAAACCAGCGGCUCUCGUUAAGAGACAGAAAUCUCGUAAGAAAAAUGGCGGCAGCGGAGGAGGCCAGCAGACCGUUCGCCGGCCUGUCGGAAGUCUCCAUCUCGGAGGACAUCCCGGUGGAGGGAGACAUCUCGGUGCCCGUCGGCCCGUCCACCAGGCGGGACGAUGAGCUGUCCACGCUGGACGAGCCCGUGAGGGAGACCAUCCUGCGGGACCUGCGUGCGGUGGGGAACAAGUUCGUCCACGUCCUGUACCCGAAGCGGAGCACGGCUCUGCUGCGGGACUGGGACCUGUGGGGCCCGCUGCUGCUCUGCGUCACGCUGGCUCUGCUGCUGCAGGGCGGCGCCGCGGACAGCGACGACCAGGGGGGGCCGCAGUUCGCCGAGGUCUUCGUCAUCAUUUGGUUCGGCUCCAUCAUCAUCACCCUCAACUCCAAGCUGCUGGGCGGCACCAUCUCCUUCUUCCAGAGCCUGUGUGUGUUGGGCUACUGCAUCCUGCCUCUGACGGCGGCCAUGGCCGUGUGCCGCAUCGUGCUGGUCGGCGGCUCGGGGACGGUCAGCUUCGCCGUGCGGCUGGUGGUGGUGACGGCGUCCUUCGGCUGGUCCACCUUCGCCUCCACGGCCUUCCUCGCCGACAGCCAGCCUCCCGACCGCAAGGCGCUGGUGGUGUACCCGGUGUUCCUUUUCUACUUCGUGAUUGGGUGGAUGAUCCUGACGUUCUCGCCGUCACAGUAGAUGACGAGGCGUUUGUUACACUGGCAGCGACGAGGGGAGUUUUUUUUUUUUUGUGGAGCGGAAGAACUCAAACAAAAGGCGGUGUCGGCCUUGGAAUGAAGCUGAAGGACUGCUGAAGGGACCGGGACUGGUCCCGGGCCUCUGGGACACCAAAAUAAUUCCUUUUCAGGCGAAGCUCGUACUCCGAUUCAGAGAAGUCCGGUGGACACUGUGCUGCAGAUGGAGAGUUAAUAAAGCGGAUGAUUAUGUUCAGGAGCUGUGUAGAAAUAAAGUCCCUAGGCCUGUAUGGAGGAAUGCUCUAUGAAUGUUACCAGGGCGACCUGGUUCUCCGCGGGCCUGUUGGAAACCUCCUACCGUCUGACACCGUUUCAGAAAACAAGCUGAAUGCCCACAUUUUCACCUACGUUCUUCAUUGUUUAGACAUUCGCAGAUGCUUUCAUGCGGCUUGGCUGGGAAUCUUGACUGUCGAGUGUAGUUUUUGGCUCUAGUAGUCCUGUAUCUUCAUGUUUUGUUUCGUAUUUUGGAGGGUGGACGACAGGAGAGAGAGAGAGAGAGAGAGAUUGGGAAAGACAUGCAGCAAAGGUCCCCAGCUUUUGAACGGGGGACGUCACGGUCCAUGGCUCGGCUCCCACAGCAGUUAUAGCUGUACGAUGAAUAUGAAGCUGCAGCCAGUUAGCUUAGCAUAAGGACAGGGAAAUCAUUAUUCUUUCCAAUGUGUGGGGAUUAUGCAACAGAAUAUUGCUUGUGCAGGUGUAAACAUGAAUGUGGUAUCUAUCUAAUCAUCCAGCUCUCUGCAAGACAGGUAACAAAUGAAUUUCACUAAAUAUCAAAACAACUGUUGCAGGGCUGGAUGUAGUCUGUAUCGGUGACGUGUUCACACACAUUUGUCCGGGCCCUCGGACCUGGGCUGAAGGGACUAGACUUUGGACUUGAAGCAGUGAGAACAGAUAUUGAUCGAGUCUGGUAAUCAGCCUAGUUGUACAUGACAGACGGAGCUCAACAGCCUGUGUUAGAGCUCAGAGCUUCCUGUUAGAAGAGAAGAUUUUGGGAGAGAGUUAUGAUCACAGAACAUAGACCGUACCGUUGUUUUUCUACUAUAACAACACAGCUGUAGAUGGCCCACCACUUGCACCAAUACCACGUUUCAACAGCUGUCUCUCAGAAUCGGAGCGAGAACUUCUUUACCGAGCCGUGAUUUUCCGCCGACGUUAGAAGAGAGAAGAAGAAAGCGAUGUGUGUGUGUUUGGGUUAUGGGUUAGUCUUUGUUUUCUUUCAUCAUCAUCCUCUCUGUCUUCGUCUUCGGGUUUAACGCACAGCUUUCUUUGACUAUAUGUCGACACGGAAACGUGCAGACACUGUGCAGGGUGGAAACUGCAUCCUGGGAAAUGUAGGGAGUGGACGCAGCAGGUUGACGAAAGGUGGUUAGUAAGAAAAGAAAAUGUCCCAUCCACUAACCUGCUCUCUCUCUCUCUCUCUCUCUCUCCUGCCGCUGAUCUGUUCUUUCUGUUCUCUCCGAUCACCGGAGCUUCAGUGUUGAUUUCUUUUAAUUUAUAUGUAGUCAUUUAAAUGGACAAAUGAAAAAGAUUAAACUAUAUUUCAUCAGC